AACAACAACAACAACAACAAGAAACAACGGAACACCAUGCUAUUACUCUUCGUGCAAGGAUGUCUGGGGCGAUCAAUGCUCUUUCUUUAGCUCCUGAUGGUGAAGCAGUUGUUAUUGCCGGUCGUGAAAUUCUCAAGAUUAUUACUGUGACUCCGGAUGAAGUUACUGAAGCUUUCAAUUUGCGCGCCGGUAGCCAUUUAACGGUCAAAUCCAGUAGUAAUGAUGUCAAAUGGGGAAACAAUGCAACAAAAACCAAGGUUGCGACAGCAGCUACCAAUGGAGCCAUCAUACUAUGGGAUAUUAAUAAAGUUGGACGGAAAACAGAACGGGUUAUCAAUGAACAUUCACGAGCAGUCAAUAGAAUAUGCUUCCAACCUGACAAUGGAAAUAUCUUACUUAGUGCCUCUCAAGAUGGAACGAUGAAAUGCUGGGAUCUUCGUGAUGCACGAUCGAGAGCCAAAUUCCGAUUUGAAGGAAAAUCUGAAUCUGUUCGAGAUGUACAAUUUAAUCCUAUGAUCCAUCAUGAAUUUGCUGCUGCCUUUGAAACUGGAACUAUACAGAAAUGGGAUAUGCGAAAUCCAAAGGCUCUUUAUGAUCGCAAGGUUAGCGCACAUAAUGGUCCUUGUUUGACGGUAGAUUGGCACCCUAGUGGAAGAACAGUGGCAAGUGGUGGAAGGGACAAGACAAUCAAAGUAUGGGAUAUGAGUGCAGAUAAUCGACGACCUCUAUAUACCAUCCGCACAAUGGCUUCAGUAUCACGUGUGCAAUGGCGACCUGGCUAUGACGACGAAAUAGCUUCUUGUGCUUUACUCACGGAUCAACGUAUUCACAUUUGGGAUGUAAGGCGACCUAAUCUGGCCAAAUAUGCUUUUGAUGAACAUGAAACGACACCUACUGGCUUUUUAUGGUACAAUUCUGAUGUUCUAUACUCUGUUGCCAAGGACAAGUUUUUUAUUCGGCAAGAAGUGGAAGGCUCUUAUAUACCUGAUCAACUAUUACGACGAAAUGCUGUUAGUUGGAAUGCUCAAGGUGAUGUCUCCUUUGCUGUUGAUAAGAGUAUUCAUGACGAGUUUGUCAAUACAAAAACUACCAAAUCAACCGUGUCCGCACCAAAGAAAAGCAAGCGUCUCAAUACCAAAUUACCAUCUGUUGAAGAGGGAAUUCAAUAUGUGCCUUUACAAAGUUGUGGUAUUGCUCAUCUGCCUUUGUUUGAUUUCGAAACAUUUUCAGUCUUUGCGGAAAACUAUGAUAUCUCUGGAAACAAUGUAGCUGAUGCUUGUGAAAAGAAUAGUCAGUUGGGUUGGAAAAUGGGUAGUUAUCGAACUUCACAGACUUGGAAGAUUGUGGGUCUCUUAUUCGAAGCUGCACCUUUACUCGAGAAUGAUCAUCCGAAUGACAAUGACGACGAACAUAAAUUACAAGAACAAAUGUCCCGGGCCUUCUUCAAUGAAAGUGAUAAGGAUGAGGAACUGGAUACGGACGAGGAAGAUAAAUCAGCAAUACAAACUGAAGAAGAUGAUGAUGACGAUGAUGACGAUGACGAUGACGAAGAUGAUGACGAAGAUGACGAUGAUGACGACGACGAUGAUGAUGAUGAAGAUGACGACAAGGAUACCAAUGCAAGUGAAUCCAAUCUACUUGAUACAGCGGGGGUAGAUCUAUUUCCAACGUGGCAACAUGAUAAUGUAGUGGCGGAACUAUUCGAUUACUAUACAGAACAGUGCGAUGUACAAAUGUGUGUAACACUGUACCUGGUAUUACAAAAGUAUAUUCAUGUGGAUGAUGAUCGACUGGAGGCUUGGUUCAAUGCAUAUAUUGAUUUACUUCAUCGAUUCAAACUGUGGUCAGCUGCUACUGCUAUUAUCAAUGCUUGCAAAAUCCCUCGGAUCCAAGAAAGAAAUCAGAUGGCUACUACUAUCAAUAUUGCAUGUAGCAAUUGUUUCAAAUUGGUUCUAGGUACAAAUCAAGGUGCAUGGGCUUGCGAUAAAUGUCAUCGACUAUUGAAUCCUUGUUCUAUAUGUCAUCAAACAGUGAAAAGUCUUUAUGUAUGGUGUCAAGGAUGUAAUCAUGGUGGACAUUUGGAGCAUAUGCGUGCUUGGUUUUCUGAAGAAAAACAAUGUCCUACUGGUUGUGGUCAUAAUUGUGUUCUGACUUCCUUUGAUCCAUACAAGAAUCAAACUUCUUCUACUUCUACCUGGAUAUGAAUCAUCCAUUCCCACUCCCUACCCUUGUACAUAGAUAGACCUUUUUUCCUUUUGUAUAUCCUUAUUUAUUAUUAUUGUACCAAUUUUUUCAAUAAACGAAUCCAUUCCUUUGACUUUUUUUUUUUUUCAACACUCGAUUUAUUUUCAGUGUGAAGAGAUAGAAUGAUUUGGAUUAGGACUAGGAUCCUGACAGAUAUGAUGAGUAUCAUGGUACAAAUAGAUUUGAAACCAUGAUAACUCCCUUGAAAAAAAAAAAGAUCAUCAUUGCUAUAACAUCAUCUCAUCAAUUUAAAAAAGUCAUCAACUUCAGGCACUUUCUUGAAUAGAAAGUGCAUCCUAUUCUUUAAAAAUAAUCCACAAGUGGGUAUACGUUGGUUGAUCAUGGAUCAAAGUACUUACCCGAAUAGGGAAGAAUAUUCCAUCGUUGUUAUCUAAAAAAAAAAAAAAA